UACUAAAAUCCCCAGAUCCAUCCAUGUCUGUUUUGUAAUCCCAAAAUCAAACCAUCAAAUUUUACAAGCUUCAAAUUUUAAUUACUCCAUUACAUCAUGUGCCGUCAGCAAUAAAUUUUUGUCACUUUAAAUGUAGGUCGCGUUUCACUUGCAAAAAAUAAUGGGAAUCGUUUACGCGAAGGAUAAAAGUCACGGAAUACAAGCUCCCAAGAUCAAUUACGAUGAUUGCGACAGCGUCGAGACGCGCGAAAUAAACCUUGAAGGUGUUAGGGCUCGCGUCGACCGCAUUCACAUAAACGGCUUGGCGCGGACGAAGAACGACUAUGUCGAAGGUGCCGUGCAGGACCUCUUUCAGGCGGUCGAUUUCCAAGACGUCCUACUUAAGGCGCACACCGUGCGUAACAAGCUUAACUCGUUGGGUUGCUUUCAAAACAUCGGCGUCUUCAUCGACACGAGCAAAGGUGCGAAGGCCACACCCGAGGGUCUCGAAGUUACGUUUUACGUGCGCGAACUGAAACGAGUCAUCGGGGGCAUAAACACGCAGGUCGGCGAAAACGAGGGCUCGCUGGUGAUCGGUUUGCGCGCGCCCAACAUGUUCGGUCGCGGAGAGCGCGUACAGACCGAAUUCAGUUACGGUUCGAAAAACACCAACAAUUUCAACGUAUCCUUCAUUAAACCGUUUACGGGAAAACGUAGUCCAGUAUUUUCAUCAUCCAUCUACCAAGCGACAUCGGAAUGGCCCUCCUCCGGCUAUAAACAAGUGGAUCUCGGCCUAAUUUUGGAUUUCGGAUUGCACUCGUGGCCCUUGAUUAAACACAACUUUCAAUGGGACGUCGCCAUACGAGAUCUCUCGGUAUUAACGAAGGGCUCGUCGUUCGCUAUACGCGAGGAAUCCGGCGUUUCCCUGAAAUCCGCCCUGAGACAUAUCUUAUCGGUCGACGUUCGCGACGAUAAUAUCUUCCCGUCAUGCGGUAGCCUAUUUAAAUAUACGACGGAGUUCGCCGGCGCCGGCGGCGAUGUCGGCUUUGUUAAGAACGACGUGUUUUUGCAAACGAAUUACUCGCUGUUCUCCGACUGUGUAGUACAAGCUUCGGCGAAUGCUGGGAUUUUAAACUCGUUGGGCAACGAUUGGAGGCUCGGAUUGAUGGAUAUGUAUUACUUAGGGGGGCCAUUGUCGCUGCGCGGUUUUCGCAUGCGAGGUGUGGGUCCCCAUUCUGAAGGCGAUGCCUUAGGAUCAACUUGGUUCUGGGGCAGCGGUCUGCACUUGUUCACCCCGCUACCGUUUAGGCCGGGCAAAGGUGGCUUCGGUGAACUUUUUAGGACGCAUUUAUUCGUUAACGCCGGCAACAUUGGCAACUUCGAAGGUGAGGAGGCCUUUGUUGAAAAAGUGAAAACGAACAUUAGAGUCGCGUACGGGAUAGGGUUAGCAAUGCGAUUGGGACAAAUGGCCCGUAUUGAAAUAAAUUAUUGUUUUCCGCAUAGUUUUCAAGAAACUGACUUAUCACAACCGGGUGUUCAAUUUGGCAUAGGUGUACAGUUUUUAUAAUGCGUGUGGAAGGUAGAAGUCAUCUCUGUGCAUUUAAUAGUAGGAUAUUUACCUGUAAAUAAAACAUACUGUACUUUU